AUGGAGAGCGGCGUGGUGCGCGUCUUCAGAGAGGACAGGUGUCCCUCGGGCCAGCUGGACGACUGUUUCCCAAACUUCACCUGGCAACCCGGCUCAUCCGACGGCUUCAACGACACCUGGGACGCAGAGCCCGAGCCCAUGUCGCCCAUCAUCCCCAUCAUAGUGGCCGUGUACUCCGUGGUGUUCGUGGUGGGCUUAGCGGGGAAUUGUUUGGUGAUGUAUGUCAUCAUAAGAUACACCAAAAUGAAAACAGCCACCAACAUCUACAUCUUCAACCUGGCCGUGGCCGACGCUCUGGUAACCACCACCAUGCCCUUCCAGAGCACCGACUACCUGCUCAGCUCCUGGCCGUUUGGCGAGGUGGCGUGCAAAGUCUUCAUCUCCAUCGACUACUACAACAUGUUCACCAGCAUCCUGACCUUGACCAUGAUGAGCGUGGACCGAUACGUGGCCGUGUGCCAUCCCGUCAAGGCCCUGGAUUUCCGCACGCCCGUCAAGGCCAAGAUCAUCAAUGUGAUCAUCUGGGUGAUGUCGUCUGCUGCCGGGAUCCCUGCCAUGAUACUUGGCAGCACCAAGACCAAUAACGGGACCACAGAGUGUGCCCUCCAGUUCCCUGAACCCUACAGCUUCUGGGACACCCUGAUGAAGAUCUGCGUCUUCAUCUUUGGCUUCGUGUUGCCCGUCAUCAUCAUCACCGUCUGCUACACGCUGAUGGUCAUGCGGCUGAAGAGCGUGCGCCUGCUGUCAGGCUCUCGUGAGAAGGACCGCAACCUGCGCCGGAUCACCCGCCUGGUUCUGGUGGUGGUCGCCGUCUUUGUGGUGUGCUGGACGCCUAUCCACAUCUUCAUCUUAGUCAAGGCCCUGUGUGGCAACGUGCCGGAGACCACCGCCGUCAUGGCCGCCUACUUCUUCUGCGUGGCGCUGGGCUACACCAACAGCAGCCUCAACCCCAUCCUCUACGCCUUCCUGGAUGAGAACUUCAAGAGGUGCUUCAGGGAUUUUUGCUGCCCUGGCGCCAAAGGACACGGAGACUCUCACGGGUUGAGCCGGGUGAGGAGCACCCUGCGGGACCACUCGUGUCCCACAGAAGCCCGGGGAGAUAUGAGGCAGGCCAGGCCUGUAUGA